UCUAGACUCCAUUUUGUAAUAUUCCAUUUUGGUUUUAUUGUCAUAAAAUUGAUACUUGAGAUGAGUGGUGGAGAUGACAGACUCCAUUUCUUAGGAUUCCACUUACGUGUGAAAGGAGACCCAACCCUUACACAAAAUGACUGACUUAAUAAAUAACUUGAGUGAAAAGCGUGGUCAACAUUUCUAUUAUGUGGAGGAUAACAGUUUGCUGCCAAUUCCUGUUGCCCUUGUCUCUUCCUUCAUAGAUAUAUCAGCUAUAUGGAAGCAGAAAACCAAACAAGAAUUUUAGAGUUCAUCCUCCUCGGAUUCUCUGAGGAUCCAGAACUGCAACCCUUCAUAUUUGGACUCUUCUUGUCCAUGUACCUGGUCACUGUGCUUGGGAACCUGCUCAUCAUCCUAGCCAUCGUCUCUGACUCUCACCUCCACACCCCCAUGUACUUCUUCCUCUCCAACCUGUCUUUGGUCGACAUCUGUUUCAGUACCACCAUAGUGCCCAAAAUGCUGGUGAGCAUCCAUACAGAAAACAAAGCCAUCUCCUACAUGGACUGCCUCACUCAGGUAUAUCUUACCAUGUUUUUUCCUAUCCUGGACACUCUGCUUCUUACUGUGAUGGCCUAUGAUCAGUUUGUGGCCAUCUGUCACCCCCUGCACUACACAAUCAUCAUGAACCCCUGCCUCUGUGGCUUGCUGGUUUUUAUUACCUGGUUCAUUGGUGUCAUGAUAUUUCUCCUUCAUAUCUUUCUGAUGAGGCAUCUGAGCUUCUGUAGAGAUCUUGAAAUUCCACAUUUCUUCUGUGAGCUGACACACAUUCUCAAGUUGGUCUGCUCUGAUACCUUCCUGAACAGCACAUUCAUAUAUUUUAUGACUGGUGUGCUGGGUGUUUUUCCCCUCAUUGGGAUCCUUUUCUCCUACUCACGAAUUGCUUCAUCCAUAAGGAAGAUGUCAUCAUCCAGGGGAAAGCAAAAAGAAUUUUCCACCUGUGGGUCUCACCUCUCAGUUGUUUCUUUAUUUUAUGGGACAGGCGUUGGGGUCCACUUCACUUCUGCAGUGACUCACUCCUCCCAGAAAGUUUCAGUGGCCUCAGUGAUGUACACCGUGGUCACCCCCAUGCUGAAUCCCUUCAUUUACAGCCUGAGGAACAAGGAUGUGAAGGGGGCGCUGAGAAGGCUUCUCAGCAGAGCAGCCUCUUGUCUGUGAUAAAUCCACUGGACCCAGCACUAAGAAGUUUUGUGGGUACCACUGGCCAAAACUUUUAUUCUGAAGUUCUUUCUCUUGAAUCUCCAUAACCAUCUCCAAACCAUAGUCCUGAAGGAUCUAUGGUUUUGCUCUCUCCUAGUUUUUAAUGCACUUUUAAACAACUAGUCUCCCUAUAAUUUCUAUGAUGACCUUUCUGCCCUAUCUGCUCCAAAAAUUAUGUCCUUGGUCUAUUUUCUUACUUCCACAUGGGUGAGUUUUAGCUUGGAUUUGAAACAUUUACUACAGCUUUGUUAUCUCAAAUAUUGGCAUAGAGUACUUAAAUUAUUGAUUGUUCCCUUAGUUUAUUUCUAGGUGUUUGAUUGUGGGUAUGUGUUGCUUAUGUGUGUGUAUCAUCA